UGUCCGUAGUUGUAGACGCUGCAUAGUAGUGAUGGAAGCGUCUCCCCUCACGAGGCUGGCUCAGCCUGAGGUGCUCACUCCAAAAAUACACCAAUUGUAUACUGAAUUAUUCAAGGAUGAUGAAGAAGAUUUUGAAAAGUCCGAAGGGUUUUGGAGAGAGUUCUUCCUCCUUAACCCUGAUCGAGAAGCGUUGAAGAAGACCCUGCAAGCCAUUCCGGCGGCAGAGAUGCUAGCCUUUGAAGCCCGCUCUCGAGAAUUAUUCAGCCAUUCGAUAGAGACUUUGAGCCACGGAGUGGAAUCUGCGAAACUAAAUGCACUCGACACCCUAACUGUUUUUCUCGCGUGCGUGCUUUCGAAACGAUAUACGCAUCCCAGUUCUGCCAUUAUCAGCCUUCUUGCCGGAAUAGAUCACAUCGAUACGGUAUUCACGAAAUUUAUCGGGAUUUUAGAAAAUAUUAUUCGCUCUGGGUCAACACUGGAAGUUCGAUACAAGGCCGUUGAAGUGCUCCUAGCUCUGAUGGCGGGAGCAUACCAAACAACCUUGUUGACAUAUAUGAUUCAGAGAGACUUGUUUCCUUCCAUUAUGAAGCUGAUUCAGGAAUCAGAGUCCUGGGAAAACGUCUUUCAGCCAGUCGUGCUUAUUAGUCUUCUCGCAAACUAUAACAAAUUCGAAUUCCAGAACCCGUACCAGUUACGACUAAACGACUUCGUCAACGAGCCUACAAUCCGAACCGUCAUACGAUCUAUUGGUCUCAUUUGCGCAAAGGCGCGAGACGAGUACGUUGCUGUCCAAGACGAUUUGCCCGAAUCAUGGACAAUAAGCUCUACUCUUAAUAUGAUUGGACUAGGUGCCAUUGCCCCUGGUGGCAAGGUUGAUAAGAAACCUGUCUAUGAUGCUGAAACUGCGAAGCAACUAUUCACACAACUGCCCGGAAAAAGCGCAGCUGUUUUGCUGGCCAUGUACGACUUUUCGCACGCCAAUAAGCUGUUCUGCUUUACGCUGUUUUCGAUUUCGCCUGAGAAGGACAUUGAACAGCCUGUCUCUAGCUACCUGUCGCUGACAUCCUAUCUCCUCCAACACGCCUACUUGUCACAUCGAUCUACAUAUUACGCCCAUCUUAAUCUCAUGGUUUUGAGGCUACUCAUCGAAGAUAACGCCAUUUGCAAACGCAUCUCGAGCGACGAGUCCAAGAUGACUGUCCGUCUCUGCAGACACCGUGCUCCAUUCCUACCUCUAGCAAAACUGGAGCGACCUACGAUCUGCGCCGUUCUGGACAUCAUGAUUGAUGGCAUCAACCAUAAUCUGAAGAAGAAACUGGAUGUUAACCUGUACACGCUGUGUCUCGGAAUUUUGCUGCGAGCCAUCUCGUAUCUCUCGCGCUCCAACACACGUCUGACAUAUCACUGGCACGAAUUCUUCCGAUCCCUACUCUCGCUCGUACGAUUCCUCACGACAUAUACAUCCGACUUGAAAGAUCUCGAACAUAUUGACACUUUAGUGGACCACGUCGUAAAUCUUAUUGCCUUGUCACUCUCUGCGGGAGAAGGAUUUCUCCCGACACCGGCUGCAUACGACGACCUGUUUUACAAGGUGGUGGAAUCUGGAGACAUUCUCAGCAAGUUCAAAGAGAACUAUGGGCUGAGCAAAAAAGGAAGCAGCUCCAUUGAUACACUGAUCAAUGUCAGCACGCAUUAUGAACAACUCCUGGCUGACCAUGGGAAAUCGGCAACUAAAAAGAAGAGCAGCUUGACGGCAGGCCAAGUGACGGAAGUCAUCAAGCAAGGUUAUGAGACUCUUAGUAUUCAGGCAUCAGAAGGAUUAGACUCUUGGGACAGAUAUAGAGAAGCAGAUGAGCGCAUGCUGCUGAAGAAGAUGGCGCGAACGGUUGUAGAGGAUGUCAACGAUCACAUUUCUAGCAACCGCAAAUAAUGCCAAUGCGGGAGGGCGUUUUAGAAUAAAAAGCUUAUUAAAUUACAACAGUCACAUAAUUGGGCCUUUUCUGCCAGUUUCUGGCAGUGCGUGGAAUGUAAUUGCCAUCUGUCA